UUUACCGGUUUCCAAAUUUACGGAAAUCUCAUAAUUUUCGAAAUUUGUGCCCCCCACACGAAAUUGGUGAGGUUGGAAGCUCUCGGGAUUGGACGCCCGAUUCGACCUUCAUGAGGCAGAGCGAGCGAGCGAGCUGGAAAUUAUUGCCUCAGUUCCAAUCAACCGCUCACGAAAACUCGUCCGCUUUUCUUUUCACCACCACCACCGUCGCCUGCCUGCAUCAGCCAGCAAGCACCAGGCCAGUGGAGAAUAAGAACAGGAGAGAGAACACCAACCAACAACACGUUACGGCGGACGACGACAAAGCCUAUUUUUUCCUCGUCCGAGCGCGGCGCAGAUAAGCAGAGAUAUCUCCGUUAAUUAUCAUUACUGCAUACUGCGGAGUUUUAGAGGAAGUGUUUAACAUCGAGCGAAUCCUUUUCUGACGAGACGAGGAAGGCAGAGGGAAUUAGGCGGUGAACUUGUUUAAUUUAAUUAGUCAACUCUAAACUAACUGAUGGUAGUAUAGAAGGGAGGUGGAAGAAAUAAGAAAUCUGCAAAACCCGAGUCAUUUAUUUGCUUAACGUUCAAAAAAACUGGAAAGUCUCCUUACCUCUGAUAAUGGAUGACGAGGCCAACUGCCCGGUUGACCAAGAUGGCGACGAUGGAAACCAGGAGAUGGGAGAGGAGGAGGAGGAAGUAGAAGAUGAAUCUCAAAUUGAAGGGGAUGAAAAUAUGUUUCAUGAUGACGAGGAGAUGAUUCCUGAGGAGGGAGAGAUGGCCUCACCUAUUCAAGAUGGAACACCAGGUCGAUUUCUUGAAGCGAAUCACCAAGAAAGUUUUGACCAAGGCGAAGGAGAUGGUGUCGGAUUUGUUGAGGAUGGGGAAGAAGUAGAAGACGAGACUGAGGAACAGCAGUUUUUCACCAACGAUGGAGAUGGGGACGAAGGAGGUCUUGAGGAAGGGGGAUUAAUUGUCGCGGGGGACAAUGCAGAAUCUUCUGGAGAAGUUCCUCCUGAUGACUCGGAAGAGAUGGCUAUGAUGCAUAUGCUACUUCCUGAUAGCGAGUCUCUUUAUGACCCUUCUCUUGGAUUCGAAUCGGAAGCCAAUAUCAAAAUCCCAAUGAGAGGGUUCUCCACGACGUAUCAGGAUUACUUUUUUCCUCUGGUUGAUUCUCAAAGUGGAAUUUUAUUUGAAAUUGUGCAGGAGGUCGAGAGAGCUGUUUACAAAUCGAAUGAAGAUGUUCUGCGAGGAUUUUCUGAACCAGUGGCUAUUCCAACAUCUCGAUUGUCUUUGAAAACUGGUGGUCCUGAAAUCCGGCUGCGAAUCAUGGAUCCAUCAGAACCUCUUGUUUCUGUAGAAAGCGCCCCUCAAGCACAGAGUUCUAUCAGUAAGGCAGCUGCUGCUGGUUGGCAGAAAACUAAAAAGUCUCCAGAAUCGAUUCAAAUGGAGAAGCAAAUCACUCCAGCCGAGAAGGCAUUUUCAGCAGAAAAGUUGGAAAAGCUGAUGGUCCCAUUCACGCAUGGGUGGAAACGCGAAAUUGUGAUCCGCUCCCACGGUGGAGGCGCCUCCAAAAAACUGGGUGACGUGUACUACUUUUCGCCCCAAGGCGUUAAAUAUCGAUCAUCUAAACAAGUCGCACUUUAUUUAAACAAGCACCAGGGGUUGAAUAUGUCGACGGAAAAUUUUUCAUUCGCUAAGGCUCGCGUCAGCUAUGAUCCAGAGUCAGAAAGUGUGCGAGCCGCACAGGGUGGAAGGGGGCUUAACCCUAUCAAGAACCAACAGGGAAAUAACAAGAAGGGUGAUAAUAUGGAGGAAGAUGAUGAAGAACUAAUUCCUAAUACAGCCCUGAAUGGAGGACUUCUCGAAACUCCAUUUGAAUCAGCCGAGUCUGACCUAGAGAGUGUUGUAGCUAAAGGGAGAGGAGGGCGUCGUUCAAUCCAACCUCCGAAGCGCUAUGCUACUGCCGAGUUUAUCCCUGAAGUGUCUAAACGAGCCAAGAUGAGUCAAAAGGCACAGGAUAAGGAUAAUGAUAACUACUCUAGCGGUGGUAUGGAAAUGGGGAUGCUCCACCCCAAGUAUCGAGGUAUCGAAAUGGAGGAGGAGAAGACAGGGGAGCAAAUGCUUCAAGAGUUUCGCGCAAGACGAGGUCGCCCUCCGAAAUCUAAUUCUCUCACUGGAUCUCCACAGACUCCCCAACUACAACUUCACCAACAGGUUACAUACGUCUCGAGUCCACAAAGAGGGCGAGGACGUGGUACAGGUGUCCAACAGCAGUUUCGCCAACAACAGCAACAGAGGGAUGAUGGUCCAAUGUUUGGAAUCUCUGCGCUCACUCAGGGUGCUCAAUUCUCAAAUUAUUCUGAUGGAAUGGAAUAUAGCCCUGCUGUGAGUUCCGUCGACUCGGACGGAUAUGAAGGUGACAUCUCCUAUGACCAUGGUGAAGAAGGAAACAAUAAGACAGAACUGCUCCCGUGUUCCAUCCGUUGUCCUGGGAUGACGGGAGAAGUUCCCACGUUGCAGUGCAAACGCUGCCUCUGCUUGUACCAUCCGGGAUGCCUCGGUCUCCCAAAUCAGCCAUACCGCAACUUUUUCUGUUCGAAUUGUGAGGGUGAUUCCUCCUCCUCCGUUGGUAGUGGAUCCGCUACCUCCUCCCCCAUGCAGAAACAACAGUCACGCGUCGUUCUAGCUAGUAAGGGAGGCAUGAGAAUAGUAAAACGGUCCGAACCACCAGGACUUAUUCAGUUAAAUAGCAACUCGUCGGCGCCCGGUGGAAGGGGUGGUAGUAUGAUUCGAGGGGAAAGGUUCCCACGCGGAGCACCGCCAGGUGUGCGACGAUUAAUGCCCAAAAUACCUAUGUUGCUCCCUGGACAGAGGCCACAGAUGCCUGGACAACCAGGAUUCAGAAGAGGCGGUGUGAUGCCACAAAUGUUUCGUGGAAUUAAUCCACCUGAACUGAUUAGACAAGGGAUGCCAAUGAUGGGUCAACGUCGCGGGCGAGGCAGACCCCCUGGUGCGAUGGGUAUGGCUACAGGACCGAAUAUGACAAGAGGCUCAGUUACCAUAACUCCAAUUUCGAUUCCACGAGGGGGUGGGCGAGGUGGACAGCAUCCGGUCGUGCCAAUGCUCCAACCUUUAUCAACCCCAUCUUCUGCGGGUUACAUUCGCGGGUCAGGAAUGCGUGGUAAACCAGGAAUGAUGUUAGGACAAAUGCGUGGGGGGGGACCACGUGGUGGCGGAGCAGGUCGUCCUCAAAUGGUGAUGAAUUUGCUCAAGAGGGGUGGACUCGCACCCAGACCCCGUGCGCCAAGUCCUGGUGUCCGGCUUCCUGGUCUUGGUAACUCUCGCAUUUUUAGACUGGACGGUGAGGGGCGUGUUAUCCCAAGGCCUUCCGUGCUCAGCGGACUUGUAACCGGAUUGGGUAACAGUGGCGUUACUGUGUCACAAAAUAGUGGACAAUUCCAACGUUUUGCACAGAGCGUUGUUACAAUCAAUCAGAAAAAGUAUUUGGCCCUUCCUAAAAAUUCUAGCGCCGCUCAAAAUUUAAGACCCGAUGCAGUGUUUGCGCUUAGGAAAGCUCAUUUGACCUUGCCAGCAUCAGAAGAGUCUUCUGAAGUGGACGGGGAUGACAUUAACAGUUCUGAGGAGGCUCGACUUAACGCCCAUCUCGAGGUGUCCGAGACAGCAGCUAAUAAUACCAGCACCAGUUCGGCGGAGGGCGAAUCCGCUAUAGAAACGGACUUAUCCCAAGUAAAUUCAGCCGGAUUAGAUCUCGAGGCUGUGCAAAAGAAAGGAGUUGUCAAUGUGUUGACCAGGCUUCCCUUAGCAGACAAGAUUCGUGCUAGGGAGGUAUCUCAAUUAUGGAAAAGUGCGGUUGAUGAGUCAGGAUUGUGGUCCAAGCUGUCUCUCUCCAACAUUCGUGUCGCGAACUGGAACAAUUUGCAAGAGUUUAUUUUAAAGCAUCAAGUCACAGAGUUAGACACGAGGGGUGCUCUUAUUUCAAAUAUGGAAGAAUUUUGGCAACAACUCCUCGCUCUAGAUUAUAAUUGUAAUUCAGCUCCUAAUUGUUAUCUUAAAAAGAUCGUUGUAUCCAACCAGGUAUCAGAAUGGUCGGAUGGAAGUUUAUUAAAAGAAUUUCAAGAUACCGGAAGUUGUGAGAUUGUCGUCAUUAAUAACAAUUAACUAUAAAAUUUACCCUCUGUGUUUACGUUACAGAGUGUAAUGUGUACCUUAAUUUUUACCUCAAAUUAAGACAUGAUAAUAUCCCUUAUUAUUCUAUAUUAAAAUGUACUUGUACUUUACUGUAUUAUUAUUUCCAUGUAAGUUUUAAGUUUAGAUAACUUGUGUUACAAAAUAUGUAAAGUUUUGGAGAGCGAUUAUGGAAUAUGUUAUCUACAAUACACUUUCAGAGUUUGAUAGUGAACUAAUAUGAAUUUGUUAGGUUUGGCAUAUCUUGAUUUUUACUAUUGAUAAGUAUCCAUAAAGCUGGGUACGAUAAAGCAUAUAUCUCAUACUUCUAAUGUCUAAGUAUUCUACUAAUACGAGGAACAUAAAAUAAUAAAACUAUAUAGUUAACCUUA